GAAAGAUAGGCUAGUAACAUACAAAAUUUAAUACGGCUAGGCUGUGUGCAAGACUAAUCUUUCUUUUCAUGCAAUGUCUACGUUCUUGUAGGCAACAAUCAAGAUGAAGCUGAAUAUAAGCUAUCCAGCUGUGGGCACCCAGAAGCUCAUCGAGGUCGAUGAUGAGCACAAGCUGAGGGCAUUCUAUGACAAGCGUAUGGCCCAUGAGAUGAGCGCUGAGUCUCUUGGAGAUGAGUGGAAGGGCUAUAUUGUGCGCAUCAGUGGAGGAAAUGACAAGCAAGGUUUCCCCAUGAAGCAAGGUAUCCUGACCAAUGGACGUGUACGUCUUCUCCUCAGCAAGGGCCACUCCUGCUAUCGUCCAAGGAGAAAGGGAGAGCGCAAGCGCAAGUCUGUCCGUGGCUGCAUUGUAGAUUCUAACCUCUCUGUUCUCAACUUGGUCGUCAUCAAGAAGGGCGAGGGCGAGAUCCCAGGACUUACCGACAAGUCCAUCCCCCGAAGGUUGGGCCCCAAGCGUAGUGGCAAGAUCCGCAAGCUCUUCAACCUCACCAAGGAAGAUGAUGUCAGACAAUACGUUGUCAGGCGCCCACUCCCAAUGAAGGAAGGGCAAAAGACUACCAAGUACAAGGCCCCAAAGAUCCAGCGUCUAAUCACACCAGAGCGUCUUCAACGUAAGCGUCACAACGUUUCCAUCAAACUCCGCCGUGCUAAGAGGAACAAGGUUGAAGCCGCCGAGUAUGCCAAACUCCUCGCUCAAAGGCAGAAGGAAAAGAGGGAUGCCGUUCUCAAGCGCAAGAGGUCUGCCUCUCUUCGCGAGAGUGCCCGCCAGUCCCAGAGCAAGUAGAGAACAGACCCGCCCUCACACCCACAAGCAGAAAGACCAUCACAAUUGAAAUCAAACAACUUCAAAUGAACUGCUGGAAAAAUACCAACCACAUAUCAAAUAUUCAGCUGUCCUUCUUGUACAUGGACAUAGUGAAAGAAAUAAACAACUUUCAUCAGCCUACAUAGGCAAGCAAAAAAUCA